AUGGCCAGCAUCGACGCCAAGAAACCGCCGCUGCGCAAACUCAACAUAUGCGACCUCAAGGUGCCCGGCAAGAUUCUCGUCGCCCGUCCGCUCCCUCCAGAUUAUCUGGGUGAAGAGCCCGAGUUCACCGAUCCCAACCAUCGUCCGAUUCCCAUCACCCUGAUCACCGCCCAGCAUUAUGGGCCGCGACGCGAAAAGGACGGCAACGUCGUCGCCCACACCUUACUCGGCGACACGGACGACUAUCUCGAGCUCGAGAGAAUCUACGGCAGCAUCGACAAGCCCGCCGAUCAAGAGAGCCAGGACGACUCGGCCGAGAGCGUGGCUCGCGACGCCGAGCCGCAAAAAUCUCAGAAAGCCACCACCUUUGCCACCCAGCAGAUGAGCCGUCGACGCAGCGCUGCUCUUCGUGCUCAGCAACGCGAGGAAAAGAAGCGCUGGUUCAAGAAGCUCCAUAUCUUCCAGCGAUACAGGGAGCUGCGGGAGGAGCACGCCCUCAAAAACUGGAGGCGCCACAGCAUCGAAUGGGCCAAGGUCGAGGCCAGGCUCUCCAACAAAUCCAAAAAGUCGCCCGAGGAUAUUUUGAUGGCUCGGCUUGGCGAACACCGCAUGAGACUCGAGGAGCGCGAUUUGAUCGAGGAGGCCCUCCGACUCCUCGAGUCCCGCAAUGUCAACUUUUGGAAGACCGGGAUUCGAAUCGGAAACGAUCUGCUGGGACUCACCCUCCCGAUGCCCAAGGGCGGUCCACGAGAGAUCGAGCGCCUCAGAACAUACGAGUCGUGCAGUCAAACCUACAAGGCCCCGGUCACAGAAUAUCGGCACUCCAGAAAGCAAGAGCUCAAGCAUGUCAUAUCGGCUUUGGAUUCAUUCUACGUGCAAGGUGACAGCGGAUACAUGGAGGUGAUUGGCAAAGGAUUCACGGAUGACGGGCCACAGAGCCUUGCUGAAGAGUUUAUCAAGCGUUUGGAUGAGAGCGCCUCCAAGGGCGAGUACCUUGGCGCGGGCAAGGAACGAUCGCGGCGCCAGAGCGAGACAAAAGAUAGGCCUCACUCAGUUGCGACCCGCCGCCAGAGCAAGGCGACAACCAGCAUAGCCCGGGAGAGUGCUGCCGAGAAACUUGAAGAGCCCGAAGAGGUUACAAAGAACCUCGAGGUCGUCGACGAAGACACGGACGUAAGAACGGGCUCGUUCGAGAUGAAAAUCGUCUUUGGAAACAACCGUCUGGUAUUUGAGAACUACUUGGGCCAGGUCAGCACCCUGGUCUUGACUGUCUACAACCAAGGCGCGACGGCAUGUCACUUCAAAUGGGUCAAGGAGGAGGCCCCGAAUCCCCUCAAGGUCAAUGCAGUGUACGAUGGCAUACAGCGCUUCUUUUUCUAUCACCAUACUGGAGUCAUUCUGCCUGGAACGGCAUUCGACUUUCCGAUCAUCUUCAAAAGCGCCUCUCCAGGAAUCUUCAGAGAAUCGUGGAAGUUUGUAACCUCGCCACGCUGCUCCGACAAGCUGCAGCAUCUGGAGCUACAUGGCAUCGCUAUCGAGCCGGACGAGCACCGCGACGACCGCAGCCAUUUGGAGCUACUUCUUCGGAAGCGACAAGCUAUGGCACUCGCCCAGGAAGUCAUCGACAAGAUAUUCAGAAACUUUAAGAGCUUCGAGAGUCGGCCGUCACACGCUGCCUCCAUAAAGCGACCCGACGGCACGAUGAACGAGCGCAUAGCGUUCCUGAAGAUGAACCAGCGGCUCCAUCUAUCCUACGAUCCUCAGGUCUAUGACGCUUUGAGUCAACUUGCAUCCGAUACUGCCGCUCUUGUGCGCCCAUCUCUGCCGUAUCGAUGGGAUGCCUCGAUCACAUCUUUGAGCGAGCUCUGCGGCGAGAUUCGUGACGUCGAUACUCGGUCAUCCCAUUUGAGCCGCCUCAACGACCUGGUAUCACGCGCCUCUGUCUGUCCCAAGACAACGACCUCGUCGUUGCACUACAUUGUCGGAUUUGACAUCAUGGUCGACCUAGCUGAUCGUAUCGUCGAUAUUUCCGAAGCCUUGAGAACGUCGUUUGGGCUUCCUAUGGCGAGAUCGGCCGCCGUAUUCUUCCCGGAGGCAACAGAGGCAAAGGAAGAGAACGAGGGUGCCGAUGCCGGCAAGGGUGGAGUGACCACUGCUGCGGAUGCCUCACGCAAGGUGCCGCCAAGCGCCCCGGGGGCUGGCGACGACAAGAAGAAAGCGGCCGCGGGACCUGGCGCUGGCAAGGACGCCAAGAAGGGUGCUCCUCCGCCGGCCAAGAAAGCCCCCGGAAAAAAGACGAACGAAGCCAAUGCUGAUCAAGACGAGCAGCAACGGCCACAGCUCGCGAAGCUGAUCACAAGCAAGAAGCCGCGUCACAACUCGGGAUGGACACCAGAGCGCCGACAACAGGAGCUUCUCUACAAGCAAGAGCUCAAAGUCCAGACUCGGCAGCUGCUCGUCACAGCAAUCGACCGCAUGACGGCUCUGUUUCAGGACGGCCACGAGCUUUGAGCCAAGCAGCGGGAGGAGGAGGGGCACUCGUCGGCAGCGGGCAGACGGUCAC